UUCAAUUUCCUACGAUUUAAGGAAUAACUUGCUGACCAAAUUCGUCUCUCGCCAUCUCUCAGAUUCUUCUACCCUUUUUUGUGGUCUCUUGGAGCUUUGAACUACAAAGACUCGGAAAAUGGCGGAAGCGAUCGGCUCUGAGAUGUCGUCAGGUUCGUCCAUGUCUGACAAAUCAGCCAAAAUCUUCGUCGCUGGUCAUCGCGGCUUGGUUGGAUCUGCCAUAGUCCGCAAGCUCCAGCAAUUGGGUUUCACCAAUCUCGUCCUUCGAACACACGCCGAGCUUGAUCUCACUCGUCAAGCCGAUGUUGAAUCCUUCUUUGCUAAAGAGAAGCCAGUUUACGUGAUCCUAGCUGCAGCAAAAGUCGGUGGGAUUCACGCCAACAACACUUAUCCUGCUGAUUUCAUCGGUGUCAAUCUCCAGAUCCAGACCAAUGUGAUUCACUCUGCUUAUGAGCACGGUGUGAAGAAGCUCCUCUUCCUUGGAUCCUCCUGCAUUUACCCCAAGUUUGCUCCUCAGCCAAUCCCUGAGUCCGCUUUGCUAACCGCACCUCUUGAACCAACUAACGAGUGGUACGCUAUUGCUAAGAUCGCUGGGAUUAAGACUUGUCAGGCUUAUCGGAUCCAGCAUGGAUGGGAUGCGAUCUCUGGAAUGCCCACUAAUCUAUACGGUCCUAACGACAAUUUCCACCCGGAGAAUUCGCACGUGCUUCCUGCUCUCAUGAGGAGGUUCCAUGAGGCUAAAGUGUAUGGAGCAGAGGAAGUUGUGGUGUGGGGAACAGGAAGUCCGUUGAGGGAGUUCUUGCACGUUGAUGAUUUGGCUGAUGCUUGUGUUUUCUUGAUGGAUCGAUACAGCGGUUUGGAGCAUGUUAACAUAGGAAGUGGUCAAGAAGUGACGAUCAAAGAGUUGGCUGAGUUGGUGAAAGAGGUCGUGGGUUUUGAAGGUAAGCUUGGAUGGGAUUGCACUAAGCCAGAUGGGACGCCGAGAAAACUGAUGGAUAGCUCAAAGCUCGCAUCUUUGGGUUGGACACCCAAGGUUUCACUCAGAGAUGGCCUUCGCCAAACUUAUGAUUGGUACUUGGAGAAUGUUUGUGCUGCCAAUAAGUAAUAUGCUUCUCUCAUACAUAACAAUGUGAUUUAUCUAUCUUUGAGAUUUAAGAAUUGCUUUUGUCUGCCUUGUGUUGUUUUCUUGUCCCUGAGAGAGCCCUGAGGAACUACAUUGUCCGAGAUGAACAUGUUGAUGCAACAUUUCUUGUAUUAUUCAAUUUUCUUUUAUAAAGGUAUACAAUAUCAAAUUUUGUGAGAUGUAAUAACAAAAAA